CCACGGAUCAAAGUUAAUUAUAUGGUCAUAGUUCGGGCCAUAAUAAGGUAUUAAACCUAAAUAGUAUAACAAUACAUUGAAUGACCAAUAUUGCAUAUAUGGAAAAGUAUAGGGAUGAAACUGAUAUCCCUUCGCUCAAAGUCGGUUUCAGACAUCAGCCAGCCAAACGCGGCCUACUACCCGCAAAUUGGCGCAAACCGUCUCUUCCUCCGGUUCUCGGAAAAGCAUAUUUCUCUAGUUUGUUAUGGAAACCCUUCUUUCCCCAAAUGUGCCGGAACCCGGAAAGUGAGAAGAAAAAAGAAGGCUACUUUUCCCCCCUUUCCGCGACUGGUUCGGCCGUCUCUUUGAUUCUUUUGCUAUCGAAGGGAGGGGAGAGGAUAUUAUGGCCGAGGUAGAGCGGCGCCGGAAUCCGUGGUUGAACGCAGAGCCGAUCCCCAUUCCCGGAAUCACAGCAGCUCUGGAAUUGCAGGGGGAGCCAAUGGCGGUCGCCGGCGACGGCGUGCGGCCGGGGAGCUUCUCGGCUCAGCAGGAUCACCAGACAAACAACGGUAAAGGCGAUGAAAGUUUAGGACUUGGCGAGAGAGCGCUCUCUGCGGCAGGGGCCGCUUUCCUAUCGGCGAUUAUAGUAAACCCUCUUGACGUUGUGAAGACGAGGCUGCAAGCACAGGCAGCUGGAGUUGCUUACUCUCAUCCACUUAGUAAUGUCGUAAAUCGCAUGGCUUACUUUGGUCCGACCAUGUUGUUUGCUGAUCUUAGAUGCUCACCAUCUUGUACUCGUGCUGGACUUCACGGGACAGUGUCCAUGUGCCCUCCUGAUUGUUUUCAGUACAAAGGAACCUUCGAUGUCUUCAACAAGAUCGUAAGACAGGAAGGGUUUGCCAGGCUGUGGAGGGGCACAAAUGCGGCUCUUGCUCUAGCUGUCCCAACUGUCGGCAUUUACUUACCCUUAUAUGAUGUAUUCCGCCUAUGGCUCGAGGAAAAAACCUCUGAGAGUAUUCCUGGUGCGGCACCAUAUGUUCCCUUGGUAGCUGGCUCACUGGCACGGUCAUUAGCUUGUAUGACUUGCUAUCCUGUUGAACUUGCCAGAACUCGCAUGCAGGCAUUCAAGGCUGCGCAAAAUGGUAAAGCUCCUGGAGUUCUGAAAACUCUACUUGAAGCCCUUACUCACGUGCAAGGCACGGAUAACCCUCGAACUAAUUGGAGAGGUUACCGGCUACUGUGGACAGGCAUGGGAGCACAGCUUGCCCGUGACGUUCCAUUUUCUGGAAUUUGUUGGGCACUACUUGAGCCUGUGAGCACAUCUCCUUUCCCGUUAAGUAUAAAGAACCUGUUAAUAAUGAGGAGAAAUCUUCUUAGUGUGGUUGGCGAUGACGCGAAUGUAGUCAGUGUGCUCGGAGCCAACUUCUCGGCUGGUUUCAUCGCAGGAAGUGUUGCUGCAGCUGCAACGUGUCCCCUUGAUGUUGCUAAAACUCGAAGGCAGAUAGAGAUGGAUCCUGUAAGGGCACUAAGUAUGACAACAAGGCGAACGCUAAUGGAGAUCUGGAGGGAUGGAGGAAUGAGGACACUUUUCACUGGUGUCGGUGCUCGCGUUGGAAGAGUAGGUCCUUCUGUUGGCAUUGUGGUCUCGUUCUACGAGGUGGUGAAGUAUGCACUGCAUUCUCGGUAUGAAUCCGCUUAGGAGGGAAAGCAUCAGAUGGGGUCUCACUGACUGACCAUUUUGUUUCUAGUGUUCAUAGUCAUGACAAAUGUUCCUUGGGAGAGUAUAGGGAAUGAGAAAGAAAAGGUUGGGUAAAAGAAGUAGGUGUAGCAGCAAAACAACAGUUUAACAAGAGAAGAGUCAGUUUUGUUUACUGGUGAAGUUUUUGUGGCCUUAUUGAAAAGCCUGCAAGUUUUUGUCUUUAGGUUUAGUUUCUUUCUCAUUUCUUUUCCUGUAGGCUACGAAGAGCAUUGCUAUGCCACGGAAUAGAAACGCCCUCUUCUCUGCAUAGUUUUACUCUUCAGCUUCCCAAGCUGUGAAAUUUUGGUGGCAUUUUCAUUGAUCACUUGAACUGGAAAUUGGGCAGAGUACAAUAAUGGAUUUUGUCUGAGGGGUUUUUGCUUAUGAUUGCUGUUCAUUCUUAAACCCAACAAACAUAAACUAACCAGUUAACAUUGAACAAAACAACUACAAACACUGUAUUCUUUUAUUUAUUUAACCUUGAUAGAAGUUUCCUGCUCCUUGAUCAGCCGUGAGGGUGACAUCAACCACUGUGGCAUCUGCAGAGCACUGGAGUCGGGGACUCCGCCGCCUUGCUAGUCUCUCACUUGAUGCUCACAAUAUCAGCAGCAGCAGGUCGAAUCGUCUCUUGCUUGAUGCUCGUGGCUGCGGCAGCAGCACCAGGAGUAGGAUUUUGGUAGCGAUCUCCCCGAGCAGCAGCUACAGCUCCUUCCUUUGAUUGCUCUUAUAGGCUGGUUAGCAAAUUAUAGACCUUUCCUCUGUGUGGCCUUCGUGUAGGUAGUUUGGUGCUUGAUAAGCGAAUGAGCAUGAGUAUUUGUACAGAGAUAGGGUUGCAUUGCAUUAGUGAUUGUGCUUUCAUGUACCAUUAAUAGGAUUGUGGAAGCCCAAGAGCGCUUUGAUUGUGUGUAGGUUUGGUGGUUGAACUUGUAUAGUUUUAUUAUAUGUUUGAUAUUUACAUAAGUCCGUAUCUAGACAUUGAUUUCACUCACUCGAAUUGAUGAAAAAGACGAGAUAUGAUGUUACGAAA